AUGAAGAUCAAAGCGCUCUCCAGGCCUGCGUCGUCGGCGCAGGCGCCUGGGUCUUCAGUCAACAAAUUAACACGCAAUCUGGAUCCCACGCAACAUCCGUUCGAACGCGCGCGGGAAUACACCCGUGCUUUAAAUGCGACAAAGAUGGAGCGUAUGUUCGCACAGCCGUUCCUGGGCGACUUCGAGCCAGGCCACGUCGACGGUGUAUACAGCCUGGCAAAAGAUCCCGAGAGUCUCGAGAACCUAGCAUCCGGCAGCGGUGACGGCAUAGUGAAGGUGUGGGACCAAGGUUCGCGCAAAGAGAUUUGGCAGGCUCAAGCCCACGAAAACAUGAUCAAAGGCAUGUGCUGGACAAGGAAUAAGCACCUCCUCACCUGCGGUUCAGACCAGAAAAUUCAACUGUUCGACCCGUAUACUACACCCUCGAAAAGCCCCCCGAAAGCGACAUGGCACGGAGGCGCAUUCACUUCGGUUGCGCACCAUCGCAAUCUGCCAAACUUCGCGGCCGCGUCGGACAAGGUCUCUAUAUACGACAUCUCACGAGCCUCAGGCGCGCCAGUGCAGACACUGAAUUGGCCUACAGCGAUUGACACCAUUAAUGCUCUGGCCUGGAACCAGGUGGAGACAUCGAUCAUAGCUUCUACAGCAACGGAUCGUGCUAUCAUCCUGUACGAUCUCAGGACAAGCUCUCCACUACAUCGGACAGUGCUGCACCUGGCAUCGAAUUGCAUCGCAUGGAACCCUAUGGAGGCAUUCAACUUUGCGGUAGCGAAUGAGGACCACAACAUUUAUGCCUUCGAUAUGAGGAACAUGAAGCGAGCACUGAACAUUUACAAGGGCCACGUCGCAGCCGUCAUGAGCGUUGAGUACAGCCCUACAGGCGAGGAGUUGGUCUCUGGCUCCUAUGACCGUUCGGUACGAUUAUGGGAACGCCAGAAAGGCCACGCACGCGACAUCUACCACACACAGCGGAUGCAGAGAGUCUUCUCGGUAGCAUGGAGCGCAGAUAACAACUACGUCCUCAGCGGCAGUGACGACGGCAACGUGCGCUUGUGGAGAGCAAAGGCGUCGGCCAGACAGGGCGUCAAGUCAGCUGCACUCCGACAGAAGCUGCAGUACGAUGACGCGCUGAAGGAGCGAUAUCAACACAUGCCUGAGAUCAAACGCAUUGCAAGGCAUAGACAUGUGCCGAAACAGGUGAAGAAGGCUGGCGAAAUCAAGAAGGAUGAACUGGCUUCUGUCAAGAGGAAGGAAGAAAACGAGCGCCGACACAGCAAGAAGGGCAAAGUGAGACGACAAGCCGAACGAGAGAAGGCGAUCUUAGCACGGGAACAAUGA